CGCGCAUGGGGAAGCUGAACUUCGCCGCUUGAGCUGACAGGUUCCGGAGAGCGCGUGUUCAACUUGUAUCACGACAAAUUCAAGCUUUGAAAUCAACACAAUGGCUGAAAUGAAUGGAAAACCAGCAUUUGAUAAACCUAAGGUUGAGCUACACGUGCAUCUCGAUGGGGCCAUUAGAUUAAAGACCGUUUUAGAUGUAGCCAAGCGGCGAGGAAUCAGUCUACCUGUGAGCAUGGAGGAAGAACUGAAAGAGCUGUGCACAGUGAAUGAGCCGGCCACACUCACAGAAUUCCUUGGCAAGUUCAGUCACUUCAUGCAUGUCAUUGCAGGGGACAGAGAAGCCAUCAAGAGAAUAGCGUAUGAGUUUGUAGAGACAAAGGCCAAAGAGGGAGUGAUCUACGUUGAAGCCAGAUACAGUCCUCAUUUUCUGGCCAACAAGGGUGUGGAACCUCUACCUUGGGACCAAAAGCCAGGAGACAUCACUCCUGAUGAUGUGGUGGAUCUGGUGAACCAGGGAUUUAAAGAGGGAGAACAGGCCUUCAAGACCAAAGCCAGGUCCAUUCUGUGCUGCAUGCGUCACAUGCCAAAUUGGUCUAUGGAGGUGGUGGAGCUGUGUAAGAAGUUUCAUAAAGAUGGGGUUGUGGCCAUAGACUUAGCGGGAGAUGAAUCCAUGAACUGCGAGUCAUACCCAGGACACAAGAAAGCAUUUGAGGAAGCCGUCAGAAGUAAUGUGCACAGAACAGUUCAUGCAGGAGAAGUGGGUCCUGCCAGCGUUGUGAGAGAGGCUGUUGAAGUUCUGAAAGCUGAACGCAUUGGGCACGGAUACCACACACUUGAAGAUCAAAAUCUCUACAAACAACUGCUUCAUCAAAACAUGCAUUUUGAGAUGUGUCCAGUUUCUAGCAGACUGACAGGAGCCUGUGAGCCAGACUUCACCAAACACCCUCUCAUUACAUUCAAGAAGGAUAAAGCAAACUACUCCUUGAACACAGAUGACCCAACCAUCUUUAACUCCACCUUGAAUUCAGACUACGAGGUGGUGCAGAAAUACAUGGACUUCACUGAAGAGGAGUUCAAGAGACUGAAUAUAAAUGCAGCUAAGUCCUGCUUUCUUCCUGAAAAGGAGAAAGAGAAGCUUCUGAAUCAACUCUAUGAGGCCUACGGCAUGCAGAAAAGCACCAGCUUUUGAGAACAGCUCUGUUGUCAACAAAUAUGCAGCGAACAAAGCCUUUCAGGACAUUUGCCUUUUCACAAGUGAAUGUGGGUCCUGAUUCCUUGAAACCUGAAAAACUCAUGCACACAUUUUCUUUCCCAUAAAGGCCAUAAAUCCAUCACUCAACACAAAUAAAACUAUAGAAGUAAACAUGACAUUCAUCAAAAUGUUACGUCAUUCAUAAUUCAUUAACCACAUUUAUAGCAUAAUGGUUUCCGCCAAAUGCUGUUGCCUUUCAUCUCUAUGAAUAUCUACACACAAGUAUUGCAAUUUCUGUAGCAUGAACAUCACGUAUUUUGUUUUUAUUGCAUAUUUACUCAAGUUUAAGCCACUAUACUUUACACUGUUCUCAUUAUAUGCACAGUAUAUUAUCAGAAUAUAAAGACAAUGUCUUGCUAAGUUGCAUUUCAUAAAAUUAAGGGGAUAGUUCACCCAAAAAAAAACUUACAUAGUUUUACCCUCCUCAAGUGGUUCAUUCAUGAGUUUCUUUCUUGUUGAACACAAGAGAAGAUAGUUUGAAGAAAGCUGAAAACCUGUAACCAUUAACUGCCAUGGUAUGAAAAACAAAUAGCAUGGAAAUCAAUGGUUACAGGUUUUCAGAAUUUUAAAAAUGUUCUUUUGUGUUUUGUGAAACUGUAAUAAGUGUGAGUAAAUGAUAACAACUGUCAUUUUCAGAUGAACUAUCCCUUUAAAUAGUACCUAAGCUGUAUUACAAUGGUGAGUGAGAAUGCGUGUAUUCAGUAUAUUAAACCAGAACGUGUCUGGUGCUUAUUUGAUGUAUAUGCAUUAGAGGAACUUUUGGAUGGCAGUUUAUGAUAAUCACUAAUAACGAUGUUAUCAUGUUACCAAGUGUGAUGACGAAAUGCUGUGCAAAAUCCCUCAAGAUCGUGUCAUUCCUUUGAUCUAACACCAGAGGGCAUUUACCAAAAGUGGAUUAAUACAACUCAGGUUUAGAGAUUAAGCUGCCUUUUGAAGAAUAAUCGUCAGGUUUUACUUUUCUAUUGUAUUAUGUGAACCGCAUACUCUGUGAAGGAAUGGACUAAAGCUUUGUCACUGUAAAGAAUAAAUAAGAAAACCGUGUAUCAAUACAAAUAAAUUUCCAGCUGAA